AAUCGCGUAAGACCACGAUCGCAAUGGCGGCGUGGCUGGACGAUUUUGUGUUAUCGGAUGGCUAGGUGUCGAUCUGGUGGUGUGCGGAGUGCAUCAGUGCCCUUAUUUACAGCGUGACACAUCGCACGCGGUGCAACCGAUUUUUUUUCUCCCUCCGUCAUGUAUGGUCUUUUGAUAGUGGCAUUGCUAGAUCUAACCCUCGAAGCGGUCGGAAGUGUCUCGCAGUCAGAAAUCAACAAGCAUCUGGAAUACGGCAGGGAGUUUCUAGCAAAGGGCCAGCUCCAAGAUGCGCUGUCGCAUUAUCACGCAGCCGUCGAGGGAGACCCAAGCAAUUACUUGACGUACUACAAGAGGGGUACAGUUUAUUUAGCAUUAGGCAAGGCCAAAUUUGCUCUACUCGAUCUCGACAAGGUUUUGGAGCUGAAAGUGGAUUUUACGGCAGCGCGAUUGCAACGUGGUAAUAUUUUACUCAAGCAAGCUCACUUUGACGAGGCUGAAAUUGACUUUCAAGAUGUGCUAGCGUUAGAACCAAAUAAUAGGGAUGCCUUGAAUGCCUUAGAUAGGUUAUAUCCAGCUAGAGAAGAAAUGAAGUUAAUCGAUGUAUAUUUGUAUAAUGGCGAUCAUGUGGCAGCUGUGCAGCAGAUAACUCGGCUCAUUGAAGUAUGCCCGUGGUCCUCUUAUCUUAGAGAACGCAGGGCGGAAAGCCACGUUGUUCUUGGGGAUUAUAUAAGCGCCAUAUCUGACAUACGAUCGACCACAAAAUUGUUGUCUGAUAAUACAGAAGGUUUCUUUAAACUCUCGACGUGGCUUUAUCGUCUUGGGGAUGUUGAUGAGGCAUUAAAGGAGAUUCGAGAAUGUUUAAAAUUAGAUCCAGACCAUAAGCAAUGUUUCCCCUUUUACAAAAAGAUCAGGAAGAUAAAGAAGUUGCUGCAAGAUGCAGAGACAGCGGAGAAUACAAAAGAUUAUGAGGCAUGCAUCGAUUCAGCUCGACGUAUACUAGUGCAAGAGAAUGAGCCGCAAGUACGGUUUAUGGCUUACCAUCAUCUCUGCAAAUGUUAUUCGGAAAAUUCUGAAGCAACUCAGGCAAUUAAUAAUUGUCAAGAGGCAUUAAAUAUCAGGAGGGAACCAGGUGUAUUAUGCGACAGUGCGGAGGCAUAUCUCGCCGCAGAAAUGUUUGAUGAUGCCAUCAGAGAGUUUAAAAACGCGUUGGAGAUAGAUUCGAAUUUCCAAAGAGCCAAACAAGGACUGCAAAAGGCGCAACAGCGGCAAAAACUAUCGGAGUCACGAGAUUAUUACAAGAUCUUGGGUGUCCCAAGAACGGCAAAUAAACGAGACAUCAUUAAGGCUUAUCGGAAAGCAGCGCAAAAAUGGCAUCCUGAUAAUUUCCAGGAGGGCGAUGAGAAAAAACGCGCGCAGAAGAAAUUUAUUGACAUCGCCGCGGCCAAGGAAGUUCUCACGGACGACGAGAAAAGGGCGAAAUUUGAUCAGGGCGAGGACCCUCUGGAUCCGGAAUCGGGCAGGCAUCAGCAAGGCUUUAAUCCCUUCCAGGAGUUCCAUCAUUUCCAUGGUUCUCCCUUCCAAUUCAAAUUCCACUUCAAUUAAACAUCGAAAAUCUCGUCGUGAUAGAAAAAUUACGUGAUUCUCAUAAAUUCAAACACGCGCGUCAGUCGCUUCAAUCGCGACAAUCUUCACUUUACCCUAGCCUGUAUUUCAUUUCGCUACCUCGUCGGUGAAGAUCGCACGUGUUUAACUCAUUGGACGAACUCGGGAGAUUUUAUGUGUGUGAAUUGUCGACGUGCUAAACACAGACCAGUGACCAUGGUAUCAAAUAACACAAUUAUCUAUGCACGUAUUUAUAAAGACGUAAAAGUAGAUUUAAUCGCCCGCACUAGUUCGUCAGCAAAAAAUGUAUAACGGUACAUGUACAGUACUCUCUAGUAUGUCCAGACUGAGCGAUGAAUAAAAAUCUAUUUCGGUUCAUACAUAAAUAUUCGUCGCAUGUAAUUUUCAUCGUCGCAUUAUCAAUCUGUAUACUAUUAUUGGUAAAAUCGAUUUUGCGUGUUGCGAUACGAAGGGAGAUGUACAGUGAUCAUCACACUGCCACUGAUUGCUUCAGCGGCUGUUCAUUUUUAACUUCAAAAUAUGCGACAAUUAAAUUGAAUAAGUUGAAUAAGAGACAUUAUGCCUUUAUCGAGUACGAUAUUGAGCCGAUAUAUUUAUAUCAUUACUUUACGCGUAUAAAAUUCGUACUCGAUAAUGUUCAAACAGUGUGUAAAAUAACGCUGUGCGCUUGUCAUGUUUGCAUGAGUGUGAGUCAGACUUUCAUGUAAAUACUGUAUUUCUGAUAUUUGUUUAAAAAUAUAUUUGAAUAAUUUAUACAGAUA